AGAGCUGGGCUUGGUCGCAGAUGGUUCCUGUUGGGGAAGGACACGGGCGCAGCUGCCCGGCCUCCCCCCACCCGCCGCAUUAUCACUGCCCGGCAGCUGUUCACCUUCCCCCUCGCCAUGGGACACGGCGCUGCUGCCACCCCGGCCCCGGCAGUCACAUGAACGGCCCUCACGGCAGGGCAGGCACCGUUCGGGCAGGACGCCCCGCACCUCACCGCGCUGCACCGAGCCCGGCGCUGCUCAGCAUCCUCUUCCCUGGUGCAGAGACUCGUGCCUGCCCCAGGAGCGGGCUGGCUGUGCUGGGCACUGCUGAUCCCGCACCCCUGGGAUGCCCGGGGACCCCCCCAAGCCCGACAGCCACCCCUCCAGCGCCAGGGCACCGGGCAGGACCAGCCAAGAUCCCGCGGCAAAGCGGGCCGCCACCAUGCCCGACUCGCCGGCCGACGUCAAGACGCAGCCCAGGUCCACGCCGCCCAGCAUGCCGCCACCGCCACCGGCCGUCACGCAGGGAGCCACGCGCCACCCCUCCUUCACGCCCAGCACCAAUCGAGACGCUGGCCCUCCGACGUUUCUGCCUCGCGGCCGUUUUCAUGGUUGCUUGAAAUGGUCGAUGGUCUGUCUUUUGAUGAACGGCAGCAGCCACUCGCCCACCGCCAUCAACGGGGCCCCGUCCACCCCAAACGGCUUCAGCAACGGGCCGGCCACCUCCUCCACCGCCUCCCUCUCCACCCACCAGCUCCCCCCAGCCUGCGGCGCCCGCCAGCUCAGCAAGCUCAAGCGCUUCCUCACCACCCUGCAGCAGUUCGGCAAUGACAUCUCGCCCGAGAUCGGGGAGCGGGUGCGCACCCUCGUCCUGGGGCUCGUGAACUCCACGCUCACCAUCGAGGAGUUCCACGCCAAGCUCCAGGAGGCCACCAACUUCCCGCUGCGGCCCUUCGUCAUCCCCUUCCUGAAGGCCAACCUGCCGCUGCUGCAGCGCGAGCUGCUGCACUGCGCCCGCAUGGCUAAGCAGAGCCCGGCGCAGUACCUGGCGCAGCACGAGCAGCUGCUGCUGGAUGCCAACGCCUCCUCUCCCAUCGACUCCUCCGAGCUGCUCCUGGAGGUCAGCGAGAGCGGCAAGAGGAGGACACCAGACAGGACCAAAGAGAACGGUUUGGACCGCGACCCCCUGCACCCCGAGCACCUCAGCAAGCGGCCGUGCACCAUGAGCCCCGCGCAGCGCUACAGCCCCAGCAACGGGCUGAGCCACGCGCCCAACGGGCUGCCCCCCCCCGCCGCCCCCCUGCCCCAGCACUACCGCCUCGAGGACAUGGCCAUGGCGCACCACUACCGCGACGCCUACCGCCACGCCGACCCCCGGGAGCUCCGCGAGCGCCCGCGGCCCGCCGCGGUGCACGGGGCGCGCCAGGAGGAGGUGAUCGACCACCGGCUCACCGACAGGGAGUGGGCGGAGGAGUGGAAGCACCUCAACAACCUGCUGAACUGCAUCAUGGACAUGGUGGAGAAGACGCGCCGGUCGCUGACGGUGCUGCGGCGGUGCCAGGAGGCCGACCGCGAGGAGCUCAACCACUGGAUCCGGCGCUACAGCGACGCCGAGGACAUGAAGAAAGGCAGCCCCCCCUCCGCCCGCCCCCACAACAGCUCCUCCAGCUCCGAGGCACCCCAGUUAGACGCUCACCGGGACUUCGCACCGCGGCCCCUCUCCGGUUACAUGCCCGAGGAGAUCUGGAGGAAGGCUGAAGAAGCUGUGAACGAGGUGAAGCGUCAGGCCAUGUCCGAGCUGCAGAAGGCCGUGUCGGACGCCGAGCGCAAAGCCCACGAGCUGAUCACGACGGAGCGAGCCAAGAUGGAGCGAGCCCUGGCCGAGGCCAAGCGCCAGGCUUCGGAGGACGCCCUGACCGUCAUCAAUCAGCAGGAGGACUCGAGCGAGAGCUGCUGGAACUGCGGGCGCAAAGCGAGCGAGACCUGCAGCGGCUGCAACACCGCCCGCUACUGCGGCUCCUUCUGCCAGCACAAAGAUUGGGAGAAGCACCACCACGUCUGCGGGCAGACUCUGCAGGGGCUGCCGGCCCCCGCCACCGCCCCCACACUGCCGGGGGGCUCGGCGCAGCCCGAGGGGGUGCCCCCCAUGGCCAGCAGCCCCAGCGAGACGGGCUCGGGGGCCGCAUCCCGCGCUGGCACGCCGGCCACCCCGGCCCCGUUGGAGAGCGCGUCCCGCUGAGCCGCUCCCCCCCCACCCCGCUGCCGCCCCCGCCGCGGCACGCCAAAAGAACCAGACUGCACUCGAUGCAAUUUCCUCAGCUACCUGACUCGUGUGACCUCCAAAACGACCUCUCUAUCUCUCACAAAUAAUCCUCACGGAUCCUCAAACCGGGCUUUAAGUGGAGUUUAAGGCAAACGCCGGUUCUUCUCUGUUCUCUCUUCGGUCUUUUGUUUUGGCUUUUUUUUUUUUUUUUUUUUUUUGGUUGGUUUUCUAGCGUUUGGGGGAUUGCUGUUCGUUGCUACCGGGUGUUUUUUGUUUUUUUUUUUAAUAUAUAUAUUUUUAUAUUUUUAUUUUUCUCCUCCUUUCUGGAUGAGGGGUUUGCCGCAGGCUGGCCGCGCCAUGCGGCGCUGCCCAGGAGCUCGCUCGCAGGAGGAAGGAAACUUCUUUUCUUCGUCUCUCUUUCUCUUUUUCUUUUUUUUUUUCUCUUUUUUUUUUUUUUUUGUAAAAAAAAAAAUAAAGAAAAUAAAAAUGAAAACGUCGGACUCUUUGGCUUUAAGUAAGAUAUUGUAAAAAAAAAAAAAAAAAGGAAAAAAAAAAAAAGAAAAAUAAAAAAAAAAGACACCGCCAAGUCAAGCGGCGUGCCAGAAGCUCACCUGUAAACUACCUUGCUAGCUAGCCAAGAACAGACCAGACUCACCUCUGCUCCAAAGGAAAUCCAAAAACGAGAAAGAUCCAAACGUCUCUCCACUGCCAAAGUUCGUUUCGUUCUGUUGUCGCUUGCUCCGACGCUUCCCGUCCUCGCUGGCCGGGGGGAGCCCGGCGCGCCUGGGGGUUGGACGAGUUUCUAUCCUAAAAUAAAGCAAAAAAAGAAAAUUUUUUUUUUGGAAAUAAACAGAGGAGCGGUCCCCACGUGGCAUGGGGGGCACGGGCAGGAGCCCCCGGGUUUCCCUACCUCUGCCCGCCGCCGGAGGAGAGGAACGAGGAGCGCGAGGGACGAAUUCUGCUGCUCUCCCAGCCCCCGUGCGCCGACACCCCGGGGUUUUUGUCCUUUUUAUCCGCUCCCCGCGUUGGAUUAUAAUUUUUAAUUUUUUUUUGCAACGAUUUCCAGGAGGCAAGAAAAAUAAAAAAAAUAAAAAGGCAAGAAGGCACCACCUCCUCCCUCGCAGAGGAGGCGGACAAAGACGAUGUAGGAGAUGCUGUAACUUUGCGCAGCGCCGUACGAAGCGCAGAGGACGGGAGUGCAAUACGGAAAGUCCCACGGCUCCGGGAGGAGGGAAGGAAGCCAGAGCGUGCCCCGGCGUGGCCGGGCAGGAGUGCUGUACGUUAAUGUGAAUGUAAAUAGCGUCCGCAGAGGUCCAAAAAAUAAUAAUAAUACCGACGGUGAUCAUAAUAAUAAGAGACACUUUGCCAAAUAAAAGGGUGACGAGAAACCACGGGAGGAUGUGGUGUGUGUAGGAGCUAGGCUGAACCCAGAAGAAGUCGUGUGCUCGAUAGGAGCUUUAGUUUUUCCGCAUUUGCAAAAACCAUCCUGUGUGUUUGCUGGAGGCGAGGCGGGAGGAGGACGGGCUCGGGGCCGCUCGGAUGGCAUCGCCGGUGCCCUCGUGCCACCCUCCUGCAGCAGGAGCUGACGUGGGGCCGUGCCGUGCCGUGCCGUGCCGUGCCGCAGCAGGGCCCGGUGCGCCCCGAGGUGACGUUUCCUGCCCCGUGCCACCAGCACCGAGCCCUGCUGCAGGUCCCUGCGCACCCCGAGACCUCGGGGCGUCCCCUCGGGGAGCGGGGGUCCCGCGCACCCCGCGCUGGGAGCGCUCGGCCGGGUGCCCCUCGAGCGAGCGUUGGCUUUAUUUAUGGUGUGACAUAUGUA